AUGAAAGGAAAUCUAAUCGAGGCAGAUCAGAUGAAUGGACUUGAAAAUCUUAUAGGUUUAGAGCUAGUGAAUUCCAGUUAAACAAAAAGAAAAGAAAAAGGAAAUGUUAUUGUUAUUGAUGAAAACGAUGGUCUGGAAUUAAUAAAGGACUUAAAACUUAAAGAUACGGGUUAAAAUUCUUUGAAAAAAAGUAUAAAUACAACAAAAAAUAAUAUAAGUAAAUCAGUAGAACAUAAUAAAUAAUUAUUAAAAUGUAAUAGUAGUUUUCAAGAGAAUUUGAGAGUAAAAUAAAAAAAAACUUUUGCUAAUCUCAAAAAAGAGACAGAGAUAUAAACUGAUAAUAUUUGCGAUAUAAAAAAAUUAGAAAUCUUUCAUUUAUUAAAGAUAUCUUAAAAUUUUAUAUUGUCUAUGCAUAGUUUAACUGAAAAAAUUAUAAAAAUGUAUGUUUGA